ACGCCAGCCCUCCGUCUCCUCUCCUCUGCCCUAAUUUCGCAACGAGCGAUCUCUCCAUCCCGUUGCAUCCCGUUGCACGAGCGUCUGUCGAUCCUGUGCGCAGCACUCCUCGGCACUCAUCCGUCUCCUCCGUCUUCCGUUCGCUGUUCGUUCCUCCGUCUUCCGUUCGCAGAACUCCUCCGCAGCAAUCCUACAUUGUUCUCACUGGUUUAAAUUGGAGUGUGAACUGACUGCUUCAGCUUUGUUGCACCUGCCAGAUGUUUUUACUCCCCUAAUCCAUACUCCAACGGGAUUUACUAAAUUCGGGAUUUAAGUCAAAACAGAAGAGAGACAGGAUUCAACAUCCGACUCCCAAAGAGCACUUGCCGAAGUUUGCGAUUCUUAACGUUUGUCAGGGUUUAAAUUAAAUCCUGCUACCAAACACCCUUGACGUGACAGUGGAGAAUCUGAGAUGAAAGCAGGUGAGGUAACAUCUUCUUAUCCGAUCUCCCUCUCGAAGGCGGCGGCAGUACUCUCCCGUUUUGCCGCCUCUGAUACGGGUGCACGACCGGAGGUUACUGCUUACCUGAGGCGCUCUCUCACAGCUUUUAAAGAGCUAGUGGCUGUACAUCGCGAUAUCCGUGCCCACCGUAAAAUCUCCCAUGUUGAAGAGGAAGAGUGCGCCAGCAAAAAUGAUGAUAAUAGACAUACGACGAAGAAGAAAAAGAGGAAAGGAAAUUAUUAUGAAGUGGAAGCCCAUGCAGCGAAUUCAGUGUUCGAGCAACAGGAGGAGAUGGGCGGGAGUAGCAAGAAGAAGAUGGAAGCCUUGGAUUCUGUGAAGAAUUCUGAAGAGAAGAGACAUUGGAAGGAGAACAAGGGGAAUGAGUACCAAUUACGGGAAAAUGGAAGGGUGGGCUUUGUUUCAGAAAAUAUGAAUACUGAAAGGAAAAAAAGAAAGCUUUCAGAUGCGGUACAAGGAAAAGUGGACAAGAAAAUGAACCAACAUGAGGGAAAAAAGAAAAAGAAAAGAACUAUCGAAUAUUUAGUUGCACAAAUCCCCCUUGAUCAUCAACAUGCCCAACUUCAAAAUGUUGUGACUGAAGAGUGCAUGGAUUUGAGAACAAACAAUUUGAAGGGCCAACUCAAAUGUCAAUGUCUUAUUGAAAAAUGAAAGCUAUAAAUGCA